ACGAUGACACACUCCACACAAGCAUUUGAGCCUUUUGUGUUUGUUUUGUAUGGCAAACAAAUUAAACAAGCACAACGAGAAAACGCCAUUCACAUAACAAUGCAUAUCCAUUGUCAUUGACUCAUUCAAUAACCUCUUUAUAUUCACAACUUUUCCUCACACAAAAAAAAUUAAAUAGUGGACAAGGGAUAAGAAAAACAUGUCUGAGAUAUCGAACUCCAAAGCCACCGUGGUGGAAGAUUGUCGUGGCGUUCUUCAUGUCUAUAACGACGGUUCCAUUGUACGUUCUUCACGUCCAAGCUUCAACGUACCUAUAAACGACGAUGGCACCGUUUUGUGGAAAGAUGUCGUUUUUGACACUGCACUUGAUCUUCAGCUUCGGCUCUAUAAGCCAGCCGACGACUCAGCCGGAUCCAAGCUUCCCAUUUUCAUUUAUAUCCACGGUGGCGGCUUUUGCAUCGGCUCGCGCACUUGGCCUAACUGUCAAAACUAUUGUUUCCAGCUUACUUCUCGGCUUCGAGCCGUGGUUGUUGCCCCAGAUUAUCGGCUUGCUCCCGAGAAUCGACUCCCCGAUGCGAUCGAGGAUGGCUUUGAGGCUCUUAAGUGGCUUCAAACUCAAGCCGUGAGUGAUGAGCCAGACCCGUGGCUCAGCCACGUGGCUGAUUUUAGCCAUGUGUACAUUUCGGGUGACUCAGCUGGAGGGAACAUAGCUCAUCACUUAGCGGCUCGGCUUGGGUUUGGGUCUCCCGAGUUGGAUCCGGUUCGGGUUAGGGGUUAUGUUCUAUUGGCCCCUUUCUUUGGUGGAACUAUCCGAACCAAGUCAGAAGCUGAAGGACCAAAAGAUGCUUUUCUCAAUUUAGAACUUAUUGAUAGGUUUUGGAGGCUUUCUAUACCCAUUGGGGAGACUACUGAUCACCCUCUUGUGAAUCCUUUUGGGCCUUAUAGCCAGAGCCUUGAAGCAAUUAAUUUCGACCCAAUUCUAGUGGUGGCUGGAGGGAGUGACUUGCUUAAAGACAGGGCAGAGGAUUAUGCAAAAUGGCUUAAGGAGUGGGGUAAUAAAGAUAUAGAUUAUGUAGAAUUUGAAGGACAACAACAUGGUUUCUUCACUAUUGAUCCCAACUCAGAACCAUCAAACAAGUUGAUGCUGAUCAUCAAACAAUUCAUAGAGAAGCAUUUGGGGAAAGUUUGAAGGGCUUCAAACACUACUUGUCUAGCUACAACAUGCAUGUUUAAUGUAGUAACUUUUGCUCUUGCAUUUUUAACUAUGUUUUAGGUACGAGUGAUGACAAGGGAACAAAGUAACAUUUCUAAGCAAGCAUCAAGUAUGCAUUGCCCAAAAGCUGUGUUAAAUUGCAAUUGUAAUAAAUCUUUCCCCUUCGAUGCUGAUAAUA